CAAGGCAUCGGAUAUGGAGACCGCACCAACACCAUGGUUGGUAGUCCGGCUUAUAUGGCACCGGAAGUCGUGAUGGAGGAGGCGUACACAAGAGCAGUCGACUGGUGGGCUCUUGGCGUCAUCGUUUAUGAGAUGCUCCUCGGGACGAAACCCUUCACUGGAUACGACAGGGACUUUCUAUACGACUGCAUUGUUGAGGAUGAACCACACUACCCCUCAACCCUGGACCCUGAAGCCUUGAGCUUCAUAUCAGAGGUAAGCGCUGACCUUUCACUUUAUUACAAUCACUGACCACUUUCUAAUUCUCUUGAGUUUCCCCAAAUAUUCUGUAGGUGUAACUGCUAUUUUCUGUUCUUGUAGCUGCUGAAGAAGAAUCCUGAGGAGAGGCUGGGUUCUACCCCAGGGAAUGCUGCUGAUGUAGCAGAGCAUCCAUUCUUUAAUGUAAGUCCCCUGUUCAAAUUGUCCAAAUAAUUCAAGGAUCUGCUGGGCUAUACCUUUGAAUAUUAUCUGAGAGAUACAGUCCUUUUUAUAUCCUCAGCUUUUAAUCAUGGCCGUAAGUUCCCACUUUCUGAAAAACCUCUGAUAACGAGCAUUUGUUACGGUUUCUAUUUUGCAGGGCAUUGUCUGGGAUGACAUCAUCGAGAGGACAGCAGUAGCUCCGUUCAUACCCAGCCUAAACGGACCAGAGGAUGUGG